GUGGCAGGGGAGGUGGGUGGCUCUCUGCUCAAGGCUUUCCAGGGCGGCGAGAUCCUAGGGCCAAUACCCAGAAGGUCACCGAGGGGCCUCAAUUCCUCUGCCCUGUCCCCCUUCACAGCCACCUGGCAUAUUGCAGCUGAAUUAGGAGCAGGACAUCAGGUCUGGGGCCUGUGAAUUUUAGGCUAGCAAGGCAGAAAUGGGUGAAUGUUACCAAGGGCCAUCCUGAGUUGUUUUUAUUCAGUGUUUUGUCUGUCACUGGACUGGAUGGGAUGACUGAGGGCAGGAGGAAGUUGGAGAGACUCCAAAAGACCAGGCCUCCGCCACCCAUAUCUCUAGGAUAGCUGACCUAACUCCUGGGGCUGGAAACGCAGUUCUCAGGUGACUGAAGUCUCUCUCUGAGUGGCUGGGUCAGUUCUCCAUCCUUGCGACAAGGAGGUGCAACCCCAUGACUGCCCUCACUUGGCCUGGCCCUGGAGCGGUUUCCCACCCGCUGGUAGAAGGGAGCAGCAGAGGGAAGUUCCAGCAUAGAUGCGUCCCUGUUGGUGCCAGUGUGGACAGUCCCCAAGAACAGGCUUUAUCUGGGAGAUGGGAGAGGAGCCCAGACAUGAGCCCAGGACCUGAGAACCUGGAAAAGGUGUGAAGCAGCAUCUCAGGCCAGCGUGGCUGACAGCCAGCCUGUUCCAGUGCACUGGGCCCUCGCUCUCCUGUGUGCAGCCUAGCCACCCUUCCUGGGCAGCACGGUGAUGCAGAGCCCGACUCGGAGCGGGCCAGCCUGGGCAGCUGCCGAGGACUGUUGCAUCACCAGCCGGCCUCUGGAAUGAGAGCCGGAGCGGGACUGGGCGAGUCAGCUGAGUCAGGGCAUGAGGAAGUCCCCCACGGCACGGCCUGGAGUUGCGUGGCUGCCAGCCACAGCCUGGGCACUGGCUGAUGGGGGCUGGAGCCUCCCUCCCCACCUCUGCAAGGGCCACUGUGCCAGUGGGCAGCACCUGGCACAAACAGCUCCUCCCACGCCAUCACCUCCAUGGGUAGGAGGGGGCCGUCCCUGCCAGCUCCAUGACAGUUUAGGAAUGUCAGCGGGGGCAGAGGUCAGAGGGUCCUGGUGCAGGGGCGAAUGUUCUCUUAGACACCACCUGUCCCCGGACCGUCUCCACAGCUUCCCCCAAGCUUCUCCAGGUGCCUUGGGGAGAGAAGCCCAGGGAGGCCAGAAGGGCACGGGCCAGGGAAGGCUGACGGUUGAGCUGGCGGGAGCACAGGGCCACUGUGCUACUCGGUCACCGGGAUGGGAAUGAUCACUCGGUCACAGGGGACUGCACACCUCCAGAACACCCCUGGGCUGAUCCCUGGCCGGGCACUGCAGCGGCAGGCCUGGGUCCUGGCUUCAGCUGGCUGCCCACGAGAGGGCCCCCGGCCCCUGCACAGCGCCAUGUCUGACUAUGAGAAUGAGGAGGAGUGCUGGAGUGCCCUGGAGGGCUUCCGGGUGAAGCUCACCUCCAUCGUGGACCCUGCCCGCAUCACACCCUACCUGAGGCAGUGCAAGGUCCUGGGCCCCGACGACGAGGAGCAAGUGCUCAGCGACCCCACCCUGGUCACCCGCAGGCGGAAAGCGGGUGUGCUCCUGGACAUCCUGCAGCGGACGGGCCACAAGGGCUACGUGGCCUUCCUCGAGAGCCUGGAGCUGUACUACCCGUACCUCUACAAGAAGGUCACGGGCAAGGAGCCCGCCCGUGUCUUCUCCAUGAUCAUUGACGCGUCUGGGGAGUCAGGCCUCAUGCAGCUGCUGAUGAGCGAGGUGACCAAGCUGCAGAAGAAGGUGCAGGACCAGACGGUGCUGCUGAGCUCCAAGGACGAUCUCAUCAAGGAGCUGCGUGUCAAGGACAGCCUGCUGCGCAAGCACCAGGAGCGCGUGCAGCGGCUCAAGGAGCAGUGGGAGGCCGGCAGCCACGAGCUCAAGCGCUGCAAAGACGAGAACUACGACCUGGCCCUGCGCCUGGCCCGCCAGAGCGAGGAGAAGGGCGCCGCACUCAUGCGGAACCGCGACCUGCAGCUGGAGGUGGACCGGCUGAGGCAUAGCCUCAUGAAGGCGGAGGAGGACUGCACGGUGGAGCGCAGGCACACGCUGAGGCUGCGGCACGCCAUGGAGCAGCGGCCCAGCCAGGAGCUGCUGUGGGAGCUGCAGCAGGAGAAGGCCCUGCUUCAGGCCCGCGUGCGGGAGCUGGAGGCCUCCACACAGGACGGCAAGCAGGAUGAGGGCAGCCACUACAUCCAGGUGCUGGACGAGGACUGGCAGCAGGCGCUGCGGGACAACCAGGAACGGGCCAGUACCAUCUUCUCCCUGCGCAAGGAGCUGCGGCGAGGCGAGGCCCAGCGCAUCCGGUGCAUGGAGGAGAAGGAGAUGUUGGAGCUGCAGUGCCUGGCCCUCCGGAAGGACUCCAAGAUGUACAAGGACCGCAUUGAGGCCAUCCUGCAGCAGAUGGAGGAGGUCGCCAUCGAGCGGGACCAGGCCACGGCGGCGAGGGAGGAGCUGCACGCGCAGCAGGCACGCAGCCUUCAGGAGAAGGACCGGCUACGCAGGCGCGUGCGGGAGCUGGACGAGAAGGCCGACGAGCUGCACCUGCAGCUCUUCCAGCGCGAGGGCCAGCUGCUGGCCGUGAAGGGCAGGCUCAGGCGGCGGCUGGAGAUGCGCGUCCCGAGCUCUGACCUGGAGGACAGCUCACCCAGGAAUUCUCAGGAGCUCUCACCCCCGCAGGACCUAGAGGAGGAUUCCCAGCUCUCGGACAAAGGAGGCCUGGCCAAUGGGGACAGCCUGGAGCAACCCUUUGCAGCUCUUCAAACAGAGCAGCUUUCACUAACCUCCAGGGACUCAGCUUGCAGUCCCAGGGGCAGGGCCGGGGCCUACCAGGGCGCUGGCCAGAGCCUGAGCAUUGCCCCUCUCCAGGAGGCAGGUGGGAGCAACAGGGAGGCCCUGGACAGAGAGCAGAGGGAGCGGCGGCGCCUCAAGGAGAGCUUUGAGAACUACCGCAGGAAGCGGGCGCUCAGGAAGGUACUGCACAGCUCCAGGCAGGGAGAGGUGGACUGGGAGAACACCACCGGCAGCGACAACACCGACACCGAGGGCUCCUAGCAGCCCCUUAGUCCACUGCGUGUGCCGCCGCCGCCGCC